AUGGGAAAGAAAAAUACCAAACGCAAGCCAAAAGGCAGCUCCAAAGCUCCAAAACUCUUACACGAUAUUGAAGUUGACUCGUUGACCUCAGACUCUCAAAAUGAUUUUUCACUUCUAAGAGUAUCAGAAAACCUUCCAGAAAGCCCCGAAAACCUCAUCCCAGAAAAUGCUGACGAUCUACGAGAAGAAGUAAUAGAGUCCAUCAGCCAAAUCUACACUGAGUUUCUCAACGACUACAUUUCUUGCAAAAACAAGCGUCUCAGUUCCAAAAAUCCUCUUGAAAAACGACAAACUUACAACUUAGUUGUUGACCGGGAUUUUCGCAAAAAACUCAGACACGAGCUAAAGCAGCUGAUUUAUUCAGAGGGAUCCAGAAGCGAGCUAAAUUCUGCUCUUUUCGAAGGCGUGCACAUAUUUAUUGACUCUUUAAACGAACAAAUAUCAGAGCUUACAGGGAAAAGCAAAAUGCUGCAGAUCAUUUGUAUAGCUGAAGCUUACCACACCUUACAAAAUGCCGCUACACAGAUUGGAAAAAUAGUCAGCUGUUUAUUUGAAGGCCCAAUAGCGUCAUUUGAUACUAUAAACAAGCUGGUUUUCCACGAAAAAAUAGUAAAAAACAACGCAAGCCUAAUUGACUAUGUGAAAACGCAAGACCCAAGACAUCAUGCUGUACAAAUGAUAACAAAAAUGGAAAGGGAACUUAAGUACGCGCUAACAAUCUUAGCAUCAGCCACAAACCCAAUCCCACCUCCUAAGCCAUAUUUUGACGAGUGCGACCUACAAACACACUUUUCUGAUGAUUCUUAUACUAUAAAUAAAAUUGCGACUAGUUGGGCAUUGCUCCUGGCAAUGCAACUUUGACAAAAUUUUAUUAAUGUGCAGAGCCUCGCUCUAGUCCGCUUUUUGGAUUGGGCUUUACCUCGAGGGGAUAAGUGGGUUCAGAUUUCGAAAGGGAAAGUCCAGCAGUGUCUAUGGGUAAUGCCGAGAAAUCUGGGUAAUGUCCUAGCAUGAGACUAGGAGGUACACCCAGGUCUGAAUUUUUCCUUUUCUGCCGAUAAUUGGCCAGAAAUUCCAUUUUUUUGAGGCAAUCUUCGUUCAACCCAACAUAAGUCCAUACCUUCUCACUCAACAUGGAGCCGACAAGAGGAGACAGAAAUAUAGAACUCUAUUACCCGAAGUGUCAUGGUGUCAAGCGGUGAAUAUAAGAGGAAAGGUGGCAUUUGAGCAAGCAACUCGCCAUAUAAAUCAUCAUCCAAACUCAAGCAAAUUCUCCCUGUUAUUGUCGCAAAGAGGCUGAAUAUCCUCGGAGAUCAUUUACAACGGGUUACCAUAGGCGAGCAGCCAAGACCUGCAAUUUAAGUUUAAGUUUAAGAUGAUUCUUAUAGUGAUUCUGAAGAAGAGUUCCAAGGGGAGCCUCUUCAUAAUAUGCCACUUGAUGAACUUGUAUCUUAUAUAGAAGGCGAGCCACACAAUUCUCCUAAAAGAAGCAAAAAGAAAAAUAAAAGCAAAGCAUCGACAGCCGCAACUUCACCGACUAGGGAAGAUGAAAUAAAUUCAGAUUCACUUGAUAAAGAAAUAGAGGAUUUUGAAAAAAGACUUGAGCUCAGCUCAAUUCAAGAAAAGCAGAAAAUUAAGCCAAAGUUGUCAAAUGAUUUCUUAAAUCGGUUGAAGAUACAAAUUAAAGAACUUAAAUCAAACUAA